UAAAAACGCCGAAAUAAACAAAUGGCCUUUGCCACGGUAAAGGCAAGUUCGUUAGCGGAAACAAAUCCUUUGCUACGCCGGGAGUUGGUGGCUAAAACCGGUGGACUUGCAUAUAAAACGAUGAGUACCGCACUGUAAUUGAAAACAAGGCUCAACGGACAAUCGCAACACAAAGCAGCCACACACCAUGGAGCUGCCAUUUAUGGGUGAUACGUUGAUCGUGCUCGUGUCACAGCUCAUAUUCUUCAUCGGCGGAUGGGUGUUUUUCGUGAAGCAGCUCUUCCGCAACUACGAAAUCCGCCAUGUGUUCGUGCAGCUCAUCUUCUCCUCUACGCUCGCCCUGUCGCUGACCAUGUUUGAGCUGAUUAUAUUCGAAAUCAUCGGCUUCCUGGACUCGAGCUCGCGCUACUUCCACUGGCGGCUGGGGCUAACGCUGCUGCUCAUCAUGGUGAUUGCCGUGAUACCGUAUCUGAUUGCUUACUCCUGCAUCAGCAACGUACGAAUAGUACCGGCCAAAUGGGUGCAACCACUAACGACCCUCAUCUGGCUGUGCUAUCUGUACGGCUUUUGGCGCAUCGGCGAUCCGUUCCCGUUGCUAAGCGUCAGUCGUGGCAUAUUCACGAUCGAGCAGGCCGUGUCACGCAUCGGCGUAGUCGGCGUCACCGUGAUGGCCAUCCUGUCCGGGUUCGGUGCGGUUAACUAUCCGUACACCAGCAUGUCCUACUUCAUCCGGCCCGUCUCGCAGAGCGACGUGGUCAAUCUGGAGCGAAGGCUGCUGCAAACGAUGGACAUGAUACUGGUGAAGAAGAAGCGCAUCGCGCUGGACCGGAGGCGCAACAAGCCGAACCAGAAGCAAAGCAUCUGGGGCAUGAUAAGCAGCGUCACGCAGCGACCCGCCGGUGCUGAAAAUAUUGGGCAACUGCGGUUAGAAAUUUCCGCCCUGGAAGAGCUCUCCCGGCAGCUGUUCCUCGAGGCGCACUCGAUGAAGAACAUGCAGGAACGGGAACGGUGGGCCGCCACCCUGCAAGGGAAGUACUUUAACGUGCUGGGGCACUUCUUCAGCCUGUACUGUUUGUGGAAAAUAUUUAUUUGCACAAUCAACAUAAUCUUCGAUCGGGUCGGCAAAAAGGACCCGGUAACGCGCGGCAUCGAGAUAGCGGUGCACUGGUGCGGCUUCGACAUGGACAUUGCGUUCUGGAGCCAGCACGUGUCCUUCCUGCUGGUCGGCUGCAUCGUCGUCACCUCGAUCCGCGGCCUGCUGCUGACGCUCACCAAGUUUUUCUACAAAAUUUCCUCCAGCAAAUCGUCCAACAUUAUCGUGCUGGUGCUGGCCCAGAUAAUGGGCAUGUACUUCUGCUCCUCCGUGCUGCUGAUGCGCAUGAACAUGCCGGCCGAGUAUCGCGUCAUCAUUACGGAGGUGCUCGGCGGGUUGCACUUUAACUUUUACCACCGCUGGUUCGAUGUGAUCUUUCUCGUGAGCGCGCUGGCGACGAUCGUGGUGCUGUAUCUCCUACACAAACCACCGAACGUGGACACCAGUAUGUAAAAGGGUGCUGAAAGUGCCACACCAAGUGCUUCUUUUUUUGUCGUUGUCCAAAUGCCAUACCAAUAUGUGUGUGUGUGUGUGAGGAUCACAAUGCCGCGACCAGCCACUAAGCUACAGCAAACCGCCGAAACAGUGAUUUGUAUCGCAACGCUGCGGGAAUGCUCUCAACGUUCUCUCAUACCCAUUUACGUCUAAUUAUACGCCUUUUUUUAUUCUCUCAUCUGUAACGCUUUUAAGUUUUGCCCUUUUUUAUCCAUUCCGACGUGUAAUGGGCGAUGGUAUCCGUAACAGGAGAAGAGAUGCGUCAAGGGACAAGAUAACACUGUUGAUGUAAAUAAUCGAAAAGCAAAAGCGAAAAGCAUCUAAUAAAGGUUGUACUUGAAGGCUGCUAUAAAGCUGUUGCUGUUAAGGCAAAGGAAACUGAAAAA